GUGACAAAUGUACAGUGCCGUCUCAGGUAUAAAAGCCGCCCACACUUCCACCAGCCUUCGUUCUAUCGUGCUCAAGGAUGGCCAAGACUGUUUUGCUAGCUGGUCUUCUAGUCUGUUUUGUUGGGCAUUUGUUCUCUGUGACUGGACAAGGUCAGGAACAACCUGUUCCGGAUGUUAGGCAAUUUUUGUAUGCUCCAAUGUCCGCCCUGGGUAGCGAGGUCGGGGCAGUCGCACCACCAGCAGUAGUAGGAUCUCCACCAGUGGUAAAUCCAUGCCAAUCGUUGGAUGCCCAGUAUCCCCAACAGCCUUGUAGUCCACUUCAAGAGCGGCCAAAUCCUGCGUACUUGCCUGUUGCAACUCCAGCGCCUGCUUAUCAACCACAAGCUGUACAGACGUUACCACAAACUAUGCCAUCAGCACCUCUACUUCCUCCAAUGCCAAAUGUCUACAUGGAUUACAAUCGCUAUCCAGACGUGAAUAACAAACAACUAGCUGAUGAUCGAACGCCAAUCACGCCGGAAGAUGAGGUGCCGUCGCAAUACAUAUAGUGAUUUUUUUAAAUGCCAUAAAAUCGUCUCGUGAUAUUUGAUUAAUUGUAUGAAUGUUGACUGAUUCUUAAAAUAUACGACAGAUUAUCUUAA